GCAUCAUCAGCACAAUAUGGUCUUUGGUCUUCAGAAUUCAUCGAAGCCAGAGAAGAUAUGUUGAAAACCGCGAAUGAAUGGUUCCUAGAACUAGACAGUGCUUACAUCAAAGUUUACAGUGAAACACGCGACCGCAUGGAACGUCUAUUAUCACCUUUAGGAGAAAUUUUUGCCGAUUUUAAGGAAGCAUUUGAAUCAGUACCCAAAGAAGACUUGCCAGAGGAACUUUCUAAAGAUUUUACUGAUUUUUUCGAGGUAGUCAAUUCAACAUUUACUAACCACUUACCUUACAUCGCAUCGACAUCAGUGUCACUGUUAGUUCAUACGCUUAUGCCUAGGGGAUCGUCAUUGACCUUAGCAACAGUAGCACAAAGCUUCGAGAUGAAUAUGGCAACAGAGUUAAAUACAAUUUUUGAAAAAUUAUCCGAUCCGACAGAAUCGACAUCAGAAUCAUGCAAGGCUCAUAUUUUGUACAAAUUUACUUCAAAUUAUGAAGCCGUUAAAACUGAGUUAUUAGAUGAGCUUGAAUUUAAAAAGAAAUAUUUGGGAAAUUCAUUCAUUGCAGCAGAUAUGGCUAUAGAGAUGUUAACUAAGGAUACUCAGGUCCUUGCUGAUAAAAUUCGUGUAUGUGGAAUUUCGGACCAAGAGACGAGUACAAGAAUUCAAUGUGUCCAAGAUAUUGUUGACGAAUAUGCAACUUGCAGUAGUUGCCCAUAUAAGAACGUCUUACAAAACUCAUAUAUGGUUACUGUGGUUGGAGGCAACAUUUACAUGAAGGUAAUGGGAGUUAUGGGCAAGCCAAUGACAAAUCCAUUCCUUUACGAAUAUUUAAAAUCAACAUGUCCUUAACUUGAUAAAUUUAGUCAUUCUCUAUUUUAUUUUGAAAAAAAUUAAUAAAAAACAUGGCAAAAUUUUCUCAAAAG